AUGACAAGAAAGAAGAUAGAGAUAAAGAAGAUCGAUAACAUAUCAGCAAGGCAAGUGACAUUCUCAAAGAGAAGAAGAGGGCUUUUCAAGAAAACUAGGGAACUUGCUACGCUCUGUGAUGCUGAGAUUGGUCUCAUUGUCUUUUCUUCCACUGGCAAGCUCUACGACUAUGCUAGCUCAAGUAUGCAGAAGAUAGUUGAAAGACAUGGUAUCCAUUUAGACAUGCAAAGAUCAGAUCAACCUUGUAUUGAUUUGCAGUUAAUUGAACGAAGUGACGACAUAUAUAGGCUGAGCCAUGAAAUAGCAAUAAAGACCCAUGAACUGAGGCAGUUGAAUGGAGAAGAGUUGCAAGAUUCAACAGUUCAAGAAUUACAAAAACUUGAGGAACUGCUUGAAAGGGGUUUGAUGCGUGUUUCAAAGGCAAAGGAUAAAGCAAUUGUAAAUGAGACCUUCGAACUCAAGAGCAAGGGAAAGAAACUGAUGGGAGAGAACAAGAGAUUGAAACAGGUUACACAUGAACAAGGGCAAUCAUUUGACUCAGUGGAUUUGUCCAGCUCAUCCUCUAAUAUUCCUCAACACUUCAAUGAUUUUGAUACCUCUCUCAAGUUGGGGUUUUCUUGAUCUUAUACAAUAUUUAAUUA